AUGAAAUUCAAACUGUAUCUGCAACAUUUCAAUACUUCAUUAUUAACAUCGCGGCAAAAUUCAUCUGUUAUUUUGCAAAAUAUUGGUGAAAAUUUAUCAUCACCAUCAUUAUUAUCAUCAUCUACCAUUUAUCACACUUGUCAUCAUUAUCAAUUACAACAACGACAACAACAAAAACAACAAAUCGUGCAGCUACAACAACAACAACAACAACAACAACAACAGCAAGAACAGCAACAAUAUUUUUCAACUGCGACCAAAUCACAAUCCAAUAUAUCAUCAGAUGCUUUAUCAUUAGCAUUACGUCGAAGACCUUCUGCGCGUUUAUUUUGCGCUUUAUUCCAGUACAUUCCAAUACGUGAUUCACCGAAUGAGAAUCCGCAAUUGGAAUUACCUCUUCAAGCCGGAGAUUAUAUACUGGUACAUGGUGAAAUGGAUGAGGAUAAAUUUUAUCACGGUGAAAGAUUGGAUGGCCAAACGGGUUUAGUACCAUCAAAUUACGUGGAACGUGUCCCAAAUCAGCAAUUAUUACUGAAUACAUCCCGGGUUGGAUCACCAUCAUUUCCUUUAACAGUACCUCCACAUUUAACCCAAAUUCAACAUGAUUUCUCCACUUCUUCAACUUAUUCUGGUGCCGCAGGUACUGCUGCAACACUUCAGCCAUUAUCAACAACGCCACCACUGCCCGAUUCUGUUUGCCCUUAUCCACCAAUUGAUAUUGCUAAAGUUACAGUGCAAGAAGUGAAGAUUACCGAUAAUCCACGUGGUAAAUUUUUCGUCAUUUCACAACUAGCAGUAAUUAAAACAAACAAUUAUUCUCUAAGUUAA